ACGUACUCGGUCUUCCGGGGAAAACAAGUCGGAGCGGAGCCCAGCACAGGCGCAAGGUGAUCUAACAAACGGCGCAGGUUUACGUUCGCCUUUGGAAAGGUCGCUUUUCAAUAAAUCUCAUUUGAUCCCAACCAGUCAAUAGAAGAAUGAUUGUCGCCGUUGUCCUGUCGUUGGUUUCUGCACUAGCAACCUUGAAUGCAAUGACAGUUCGUCUUACACAGUCUCAAAUAGAAGUCGGUCGAGGUGAUGAUUUACGUUUAGAAUGUCAAUAUACAAGCACGACAACAAAUAGAAAUAAUUUUAACAUUGAAUGGAUUCGACUUGAAGAUAAACCACAGGAAGAAUUGAUUGAUGUAGUCCAAUACUUCUCUGGUGGAAUGUACAGACCUGGAGAUCAGUACUUGGACAGAGCAAAUUUUACAGGAGAUGUUGAGAAGGAUGAUUGUUCAAUCGUUAUCAAGAGGGUCCAAAUGACGGACAGUGGCACCUAUGUGGUUGAAGUUAAAACACCUUUCGACUUGGAAGGCAACCGGAAAGAAUCAGUAGAAGUGAUGGUAUUGGUACCUCCAUCACCACCAGUUUGUGUAAUUGAGGGAAAAGCUGAAUAUGGACAAACUGUUAAACUGACCUGUCAUUCCAAGGAAGGAUCACCAGCACCGGUUUACUCUUGGAAGAGUUACAGUCCUCAGAAUCAGGAAAGGCAGUUGCCUCAAACAUCCAUUGAGGAAAAAGGUGGUUUAAUAUUAAAAAAUAUUUCAGCCACAUCAUCUGGCUUCUUCAUUUGCACCUCAAGAAAUAAAAUCAGAGCAACAACCUGCAACAUAACCUUAGCAGUAAUGCCACCAUCAAUGAACAUUGGAUUUUAUGGUGGAAUUAUUGGGGGUGCAGUAGGUGCACUGAUUGUCCUUGGCAUCAUUGUUUACUGUUGUUGUUGCCGUGAUGAUGAAAAAAUACCUGAAGAUUAUGAAAUGGAGGAUCCACACCAUGCUGAGGAAGAGGAGCCACCAGAGAGUGAUUCCAGAAGAAAUGAUUAUCGGGGAGCCUACCAUGAUGAUGAUCCAAAUGAGAAUGAUGGUCGGAGCUCUCCACAUUCUGUGAGAGCUCCAUUGGCACCUCCCAACAAACCAAGAUAUGCACCAGAAAAUUAUGAAGUGUAAAAACAAAAUCUAUUCUUCAAUUAUUUUUAUUUCAAUGGGUAAAAUAAUAGGGGCCUUGAAAUUAAAAUCGAUUGAGUUAUAAGGUGGUUUCAUUUAAUAAUAAGGCUAUUACAUUUAUAUAGAUGAGUCAUUUUUAAAAAAUAAUGAACCUUUUGUACAAAAUUUGCUAUUAGCUUAUAAGCAUUGCUUCAGAUUUUGAUUUGUUCUUUAAAGUACUGGUUCCAAGUUCCAAUACAGGAAAUACCAGUAUAUCCUGGUAUUUCAUUUAAAAUGAAUUACUUUCCUGUUUAAACAUUAUACAAAUGUGAUGUGUUGAAUACUUUUACCCAGUUAUGUUAGAGUGACAUAAAACAUGAAUAACUAAAUCAAAGAUAUGCUACCCUUUAAGUUUGGUUGUAAUAGAAAAAUGUCUGCUUCUCUUUAUUAAUCAAUAGCUCAGCAAAGAAAUGUUUCAGAACUUUAGCUAAAUGAAAGUAGAGCAGCAAGUGUGUUCAAGACCUAUAAGUGUUGAGAGAGUGAAAGCGACUUUUUCCAGUGGGUGAAAAAUCUGAAGCCACAAAUUCAAAGUGACCAAAAGAACCAAGGCUGAUGUGCCCUGACACAUUGAGAAAUAGAUUCAACAAACAUGUGUCAAAAGGGGACUGGAUAAAUACUUGAAUAAAAUAAAAAUGCUGAGAAAUAUGGAAGAGCUGGGGAAAAGGCUAAAGGAAUCACUCUGAAAGAACUGCUGCAGACUCAGUGGGAUGUAUAUUCUCCCCUGCAGUGCUAUCCAAAGGAAAAUGACAAUAUAAAAUGAGAGUUAAUUUGUUUUAUUGACUAGUGGUAUUAUUGAUCUGGAUUAUUUCUUCAUUGAAAUAAUCUUCUUAAUUACCAGACAAGCCAUAAUACUAAAACAGCUCAUCAGAAAUUCCAGGCCUCAUCCUAUUUUCUUGUAACCUAGGUAAUUGCCAAUUACUUCUAUAAAUUUUAGGGUGGAGGAGGAAAGGAGCAUAGGUGGGAGUUACAGGGCUUGGAGCUGUACUGUUCAAGUGGCUAGACUAUGCUCAAAGUAUUACAUUUCAUGAAUGCAACUGUAAUUUCAUUGAUAGCGAGUAGCUUACUUAGACAAGUCAUAAAUUUAUACAAGGAUUGUAGUACGAAGUUAAAGUAAUUGAAAGAAGUUGUCAUCUCAAACCAUGAGCAAAAAUUGGGACACGUUCUGACUGUGAAAUGCUAUUUCUAUUAGUGUUUCUGCUAUACUGUAUAUCAAUGCUUUCCAAAAAGACAUUGAAAUUAGUUUGACUUGCUUACCAGCACCGAUGAAAUAUAAUCUGAUAUUCUGCAAUAGUAAACAGAAUGAAAUUUUGUUAUAUGGCAAUAUUAUGCAUUUGUUUUUAAAAGAUUUUUUCUAUCAUUAAAAAGGAUUGGGUGAAAUA